GUGGUAACGAGUGAUGACGUCUAUUGUUAAUAGCAAGAUGGCUGCGCCCAUGUCGACGGAAAACAGCUCCAGCAGCGAUGAAGAUGAUUUUCAGGAAAAUGAGCAUUUACAACCAAAAGUACAUCGGUACAAUUGGCUUUCCGAUCACCCAAAGUACACUGAAAUGCGGUCAUGGAAGUUGGACAAUGAUGUGCAGAUUUUCACCACUUUGGUAGUUUAUCUGAAUUUGUGCGAAGCCAAGGAUUGGUGGAGCGUUGAAAUCCAUCCGUGCAGAGAGCUCAACCUUGCCUUCAUCACGGGCAAGCCAAGGAAGAAAGGAAACCUGCGAGUUGUUCUGCCCGUCACCACGGAAACACAGCUGAGUCACAAGAGAUUGAAACAGUUCCUGCAGCAUAUCCAAUUACCGGGCCCUCCCCCACCGACAAGCACCUCCCCUGAUGAAGUGGACACAAUGCCCAGGGAGGAUAUGCCCACCUCUCUGGUACUUGCCAUUACCGAGCCGGGUUCCACCAUCGUGUAUUACGAAAUCAGCGAUGGUCUGGUGCCCCCUUCAGAUCCUCCAAAAGAGGACGAAGAAGAUGACGAAACCAGCAGACGCCCCACGAUACGGACAAGGAAACGCCAUCCCAAGGACGGUCCCACAGGGAUACAAGAAACAGUCACUGAAUAUUCAAAUGAAGAGAGGGAUGAGUUUAUGGAGGAGGAACUUUAGCAUCUAUUGAUUGUCUGCUGGGUUACCCUGACAACCAUGGGUGUAAAAAUUAGGUGUCAUUUAUGCCAACGUUUGGGCCAGACCAAAAUUUUAGUGUUACUGUUCAUCAUUAUCCUGAAAUUAAGCCUCAAUUUGUUGGUAAAACUAAAGCUUACUCCCUACUCUGUAUAAUUGUCAGAGCUAUAAUAAGCCUGCACAUACAUGUACAUGUAUUAUGGGAAGAAACCUCAGUUUGUAUGAAUUAUGUAAAUGACCCGAGUGUGUUCAUCUUUUAGAUGGUGAAACACAAUAUCAUCGUGUCAGGUGUUGUCCUUCCUUCUUUUUUUUUUACAUUUUAUUGGAGAACUGUACAUUUGUAAAGAUGUGAAAUGAAAAGUACAUAAAGCUUAUCAAAUCUCCUUUGGAAAAAGA